AUGCCCCUUAAUCCCGAGACCUGGCCCGCGACCAAGGUCCGAAAGACCUUUCUGGACUACUUUGGCGAGAAGCGAGCGCAUUCGUUUGUGCCGUCUUCGUCCGUCAUUCCCUACGAUGAUCCCACCCUGUUGUUUGCCAACGCCGGUAUGAACCAGUACAAGCCCAUUUUCCUGGGCACGUGCGACCCGUCGUCGCCUCUGUCAAAAUUGAACCGAGCCGCCAACUCGCAAAAGUGCAUUCGAGCCGGAGGAAAGCACAACGAUCUGGAUGAUGUGGGACGAGACUCGUACCACCACACCUUCUUCGAGAUGCUGGGCAACUGGUCGUUUGGCGACUACUUCAAGGCCGAGGCGUGCGCUUGGGCCUGGGAGCUGCUGACCCAGGUCUACGGCCUGGACGCCGACAGACUCUACGUGUCCUACUUUGGCGGCGACGACAAGCUCGGUCUGCAGCCCGAUCUUGAGGCCAAACAGAUCUGGAUGGAUCUGGGAGUCGCCGAGGACCACAUUCUGCCCGGAGACUCUGCUGAUAACUUUUGGGAGAUGGGAGAUCAGGGCCCCUGUGGCCCCUGCUCCGAGAUCCACUACGAUCGAAUCGGAGGUGGACGAAACGCCCGAGAUCUCGUCAACAUGGACGACCCCAACGUUUUGGAGAUCUGGAACAUUGUGUUCAUCCAGUACAACCGAGAGGCCGACAAGUCGCUCAAGCCUCUGCCUGCCAAGCACAUCGACACCGGAAUGGGCUUCGAGCGACUCGUGUCUGUACUGCAGGACAAGAGCUCCAACUACGACACCGACGUGUUCACCCCCAUCUUCGCCAAGAUCCAGGAGCUGACCGGAGCCCGAGACUACGCUGGCAAGUUUGGCGCCGAGGACGCUGACGGUAUUGAUACUGCCUACCGAGUUGUUGCCGACCACGUUCGAACCCUGACUUUUGCUCUGGCCGACGGAGGAGUGCCCAACAACGACGGACGAGGUUACGUUCUGCGACGAAUUCUGCGACGAGGUGCGCGAUUCGUCCGAAAGAAGUUUGACGUGCCCAUUGGUUCCUUCUUCUCCCAGCUGGCUCCCACUCUGAUCGAGCAGGUCAACGAGAUCUUCCCCGAGCUGAGCAAGCGAACGGAGGACAUUUUCGAGAUUCUCAACGACGAGGAGCAGUCCUUCUCUCGAACCCUCGACCGAGGAGAGAAGCUGUUUGAGCAAUACGCUGCCGACGCCAAGGCCAACAGCAAGACUGUUCUCGCCGGUAAGGACGUCUGGAGACUUUACGACACCUACGGCUUCCCCGUAGACCUCACCCGAAUCAUGGCCGAGGAGGCUGGACUCGACAUUGACGAGGCUGCCUUCGACAAGGCCAAGCAGGAGUCCCUGGAGGCCUCCAAGGGCGGCAAGAAGACCGCUGGAGGCGUUCAGCUUGUCAAGCUUGACGUUCACGCUCUUGCCGAGCUGGAGAAGAACGACGCUGUCCCCAAGACCGACGACCAGGCAAAGUUCACGGAGUCCAACCUCUCGGACGCCAAGGUUGUCGCCAUCUACAACGGCACCGGCUUUGUGGACUCUGUCGACGAGUCUGCCGGCCAGGUCGGUCUGCUGCUCGACAAGACAUGCAUGUACGCCGAGUCUGGAGGCCAGGAGUACGACACUGGUAAGAUUGUCAUUGACGGCCAGACCGAGUUUGACGUCAACAACGUCCAGGUGUACGCUGGCUACGUUCUGCACACUGGAAACUUCAACUAUGGUUCUCUCAAGAUUGGCGACGUUGUCAACGUUGGCUUUGAUACUGCCCGACGAACUCCCCUCAAGAACAACCACACUGGUACCCACGUUCUGAACUACGCUCUCAAGGAGACUCUUGGAGACACAAUUGACCAGAAGGGAUCUCUUGUUGCUUCCGAGAAGCUGCGAUUCGACUUCUCGCACAAGGCUGGUCUCACCCCCGCCGAGGUGGCCAAGGUUGAGGAUAUUUCCAACGCCUACAUCACCAAGAACCUCGCCGUGUACGCCAAGUCCGUCGAUCUCACUACAGCCAAGAAGAUCAACGGUGUGCGAGCCGUCUUCGGCGAGACCUACCCCGAUCCCGUCCGAGUGGUGUCUGUCGGUGUCCCCGUUGAGGACCUGAUUGCCAAUCCCGACGACGCCAAGUGGGCCGAGUACUCGGUCGAGUUCUGCGGAGGAACCCACGUUGGUAAAACCGGCGAGAUCAAGCACCUCGUCAUCAUUGAGGAGUCUGGUAUCGCCAAGGGUAUCCGACGAAUUGUCGCUGUGACCGGCAAGGAGGCUGCUGAUGUGCAGAAGCUUGCUGCCGAGUUUGACGAGCGACUCGACAAGCUGGCUGCCCAGCCUCUUGGUGCUGACAAGGAGCAGGCCGCCAAGGCCAUUGGUGUCGAGCUCAAGAAGCUGUCUGUGUCCACCACCUCCAAGCUGGCUCUGCAGGAAAAGUUCAACAAGAUCCAGAAGACCAUCACCGACGGAAUCAAGGCCAAGCUCAAGGCUGAGUCCAAGGCCUCCACUGAUCUGGUUUCCUCGUACUUUGAGAAGAACCCCGAGGCCACCUACCUGGUUGCCCAUGUUCCCGACAUUUCCGCCAACUCCAAGGCUCUGUCUGAGACCAUCAACCACGUCAAGUCCAAGCUGCCUGGCAAGUCUGUCUACCUGUUUGCUGGCUCCCCCGCCGAGGGCAAGGUUGCCCACGCUUGUUUCAUCGAUGAGUCUGUGUCCAACAAGGGUCUGACUGCCCAGCAGAUGGGCGCCAUUGCCGCCGGUCUUGUAGGUGGCCGAUCUGGAGGAAAGGGUCCUACCAUCCAGGGCUCCGGAGACAAUGCCGACAAGAUUGCCGACGCCGUGUCCGAGCUGGAGAAGGAGAUUACCAAGUUGGGUUUGUAA